AUGGCCGAAGCCACGGACCCAUCGGCGACGGCGGCAGCUCCCGCCGCACCACCCAACCCAGGCACCAACCGGGAAGGGGACAACAAGUUCCAACAUGCCAUUUCGGCAUGGAGAAACGUCGACCUCACCACUCUGACGGCAAGCCUCGACAACACAGCCUCGGAGAUUGUCGCCUACCAGCGAGACUCGACCGUCCAGCGCAAGGAUUUGGCGCAGAAGACAAAGGACUUUAGAAAACUCGAGGACCCAUCCAAGCUGUCCGAGAUCAAGGGCCUGCUGAAAGCAUACCAAACAUUCAUCGACCUCCUCACCACCCACUCCAAGUCCGUCAACUCUGCCUUUCUACAGGCCUAUACUUCGAUAUCCGAUGUCCCGGAUCCGUAUCCCCUGCUCGAGGCCGCCGUCGACUCCAUGCUUGUGUCCGAGGACACGCUGCCCAAGCUUAUUGAGGAGAACCAGCGCCUGCAAGGAAGCGUGUCGAACCUGACUUCUCAGCUCGACGAAGCAGAUUCCAAGCUCCAGACCGAGCGAGCAGCGCGCAAGGACCUCGAGGACACUCUCGAGACCCGAGUCAAGGAAGUAGAAUCGUCAUGGACGGCCGUGUUGGAUGAGAAGCGGGAUAACUGGGAAGCCAAAGAGAGGAGCUUGGAAGAAAAGGUGGAAAAUCAAGAGCGCCUGCUGAAUGAGAUGCGCGCCAGCUAUGAGGUGAGCCAGCGACUCGGCAAGCACGGCGAUGACCAAGAUGCGCAGCGCGGCAACGCCUCGACCGCAGAGCUCGAGAUGCUCCACUCGGAGCUUGAGCGAACGAGCUCCAGACUCGCCGAGAUCGAGGCACGAAACGAGCAGAUGAGGCUGGAGCUGGCCCAAGCCAAAUCGACCCUCUCGUCCCAGCCCGAAAAGUCGCUCGAGGAUGACCCCAACUUUAUGCGGAUGCGAUCGGAAAAUUCGUCCCUGAUUCGGAAGCUCGAAACUGCUAGGAUGGAGAAGGAGAGCACUAGGCGAGACCUGGACGCGCGGUUGCGGUUGAUGGAGCGGGAAAUAGCGUUGCUCAAGGACGAGAGAGAGUCGCUCAAGGUCAAGGUGCAACGAUGGAACGACUACGACGACAUUAAGCAGGAGCUCGAGGUCCUCAAGAGCAUCGAGUUCUCUACUGGGGAUGACGAGAUUGGCGACAAGGCCGAGGGUGGCGCAGGCGCAGGCGAGACGCUGGAAAAGCUCUUGCUGUCACGAAACAAAAAGCUCGGCGACGAGCUCACGAUACUCCGCUUGUCUCAUCAAGACCUUCAGACGAGGCUCGAGGAUAUCCAAGAAGAGCUCUCGAGGACGAAUGCGGAGCUGGAGAAAUCACAGAACCUCAACGAGAAGCUCGAAAGCGACCUAGAGAACAUGCAGGCAGAAGGGGCCAACGUCUUCCCAUCUGGGGCAUCAGUCGCCGGCACCUACGUCACUCGCGCGCCGACUCGAAAGGGCAAGUCCUCGCCCACGUCGUCCAUCAUCAGCGGCAUAGAUCCGCGGAUGGGACAGGGUGAUCGGGAGCCCGUGGGGGGCGGCUCCGGCAUCCUGCCCAUGGUCACGGCCCAGCGCGACCGGUUCAAGAAGAAGAACGCGCAGCUGGAGCAUGAGCUUUCGGAGACGCACCGGACGGCGCAGCAGCUGCGCCAGGAGGUCGCAGCUUUGCAAAAAGAUAACCUGAACCUGUACGAGAAGACAAGAUACGUGUCGACGUAUAGCCGAGGGGGGGCGACGGCGUCAUCCUCAUCAGCGUACCGCCAGGCCUACGAAUCCAACAUAUCACCCUUUGCGGCCUUCAGGGGCAGGGAGUCGGCGAGGGCAUAUCGACGAAUGAGCUUUCCCGAGAGGGUAGUCUACUCCAUCACGCGCAUGGUCCUGGCGUCUCGGACGAGCAGAAAUUUGUUCGCGGCGUACUGCGUGGCGCUGCACGUCGUUGUAUUCUUCUCGCUGUACUGGCUCGGAAGCGCAGACUUUGAGAAACACGCCAGCAACUUUGGGUCGGCGGCGGCGGCGGCAGGCCAAGGCGGCUCGUUGACGAAUGGAGGCACAGACCACGGACGCUGGAAAGAAGAUGGCUUCAGAGAGGGCUGA